AUGCAAGUUCCAACUGUCUGGCGCAGCUUGCAGGAGCCAACUGCCGACUAUGACAACGCUGUCUCUCUGUCUCCCAAGCCACCUCGACGUGGUCAUAUUGCUGACGACAACAACCACGACGACCACGAUAACGACGAUGAUGACAAGUGCCGCUGCCUCCACUUCGCAGUGCGUGUCGGGGCCGCCGAGUUUGCGCAAUUUUUGGAACUUCACUUCCAUGCCGACUGGCCUUCAGCGGCAGAAGCAGAACUGCACUUUGACGGCGACCGAGUCUGGCUGCAAGACGCAUCUACAAACGGAGACAGGGGUGGAGAGGGACGGCGCGCGCCGAGAAGCGGGUGGUGCCAUUGUCGCGGACUUGUCUAUGAUCUCAACACGGUUCGGCUGUACCAGCAGGAAGAGGUCGCCUGCGAACGGGAUGGCAACAAAGACAACCGAGAAGAGGACAAUUGCAACAAUACAAUAACACACACAGAGGACAGGCAGCAAAAUCUCGCCGUUGUGACGCAGAGGACGAUAGCGAGCCAGAGUGUCGAGACGGUUGGCAUGUUCCCAGGAGGAGGACACGCAGAAACAAUGCAUCACCGUCAAAGCAGCAGCAGCAGCAGCAGCAGCAGGAUCAUCUCGGACGUCCUAGGCACGAACGACGCAUGGUGUCGCUGCAGCAGCAGAGAUGAAGCCAGCACGCCCCGACAAUGGUUUGCAGCCGUCUCGAUGCCGAUCCAGAGCCGACCGGACGCCGUACAGCCGCCACAGCAGGUCCGGCUGUGCUUCCACUCGUCUUGGCACGUCCAGGAUACGGUCAUCGCGCACUUUGGCCGAGAGGGCAUCGCAGUUUUCGGGUCCAAGUCCGGUUUCAAUUUCGGUCGAGGUCAUGUCGCCAGGACAGAUGAAGACGACAAAGACGACCAUGUCGAGACGGACAAUGAGACGAGCGGGAGAGUUCGACGGCACCUGGCCUUUUCAUUUGCGGAUCUCCACCUCCUCCGAGACUCAGACAUGCGGUGGCAAGAGCGUCGACGUCGGUCGACCCGUCGGAAGUGGCCGUGUUGCGUCAAUGUCAAGAGUCUUCUUCUAUCGCUUGCGUACUACAUGCCGGUCUGCUUAGUCCUGCUGGCAAUGAUGACGUGGGUUAUGAUGUGGUGUGGUAUCGUCGUCGUCGUCGUCGACGACGACGACAGCAACAAAAACACAAACACCACCAAGCUGGUCAUCCACGACCGCCUCCUGGCCAUCUCGGAAGCCUACACGUAUCUCUCGCCGCUCAUGGGACCCAUUUCUGAUACCGACUUAGCCCUCUUCUCCCUGGACACGGCAGCAGACCAUUGGAUGGCUGGGCGGACGACAUGGUCGGCUCGCGAGGUGCUGUACUUUGUCCAGAGGGAGAUGAACUCCAUGUGUCAUCUAGCCGACCUCAUCGCAGCCGCCAACGACUAUAACGCUGACGACGACGAUGGUGGCUUCGACAUUUCCUUCGGCUUCUCCCCAAGUCCCCGUAAUCGAAGCUUGUACUCGUCAGACGCGUCGUGGCAUUUGCCUGCAGGGAAGCAGCUGGUGCGAUCCUGCGCCAUGGUGAGCCGCCAGGGCUGGGAUGAACCGUACUUCAACCUUCUAUGGAACAGCACUGGAUUGUUGGAACACCUUCAGCUCCUCGCCGACUUUUCGCGUCGUGACUGUAAGCGACUGCAGAGCUAUCAACGAGCCGAGGACGAGGCCGCUGUGGCCCGAGACGGCGGUGGCGCGGGGGGCGGACGGAUGCCGAUUGUCGUCGUCGUACCUCGUCUGUGGCGUCGUGCGACGUCGUCGGUGCUCGCGCGGUUCCGAAAAACCGUACCGCCGCGGCGGAACGAUACGGCGGACUUCCUCCACGAGACGUUGGCGUGGCGGUUUGGCGACUGGGCACACGAGCACUCGCAGAUGCUCUCGAGUCUGCGCGCGCUCGAGGGCAACUUGUCGUCAGUCAGGGGGGCAGAGCAGAUGUUCAUCAAGCCGGCCGUCCGCAGGCUGUGGCACGAACACACCAAGGCAGCGGUGGCAGCUGUAAGCAAUGCCAACAACAACAACAACGUUGACAAUUAUGACGACUACAGCCGACGUGGGCUGUUCAAGGGGAAGCAGAGGCUGCCGUUGUGGCUCAUGGACGCACACGACUCAAUGAUGUACAUGGACGAGUACCUCGGCCCGCGGCGGGACUUUGUCCUCGGCCUUGUCCAAGCUGCCAUCAGCCGCCUCGAUCAGUCCGAGGCCGAUCUCCAACGCCUUGCAGCCCAGGUGGACGAGCUGUUUCGAGCUUCUGCCGAGACGGAUGCUGAGAGGCUUCUUGAUCGAUUCCGCCGCGACGGAUCCGGCUCGGCGGCCAAAAGACUUGUGCUUCCCUCCCUGCGUGAGAUGCGCGUAGGUUUUGGCAGGCUUACAGACAUGCUGUUUACGGAAAAGGAAUUUGCCAUAGACCAGCGGCGCGCAGCCAAUCGCCUCAGCGACUGGACGAGACGCAUGCGGCCUAGUGUCAAGGCACUGUCAGAUGAGCAAGAUGCGGAUGAGGCGGAGGGGUGGUGGAGGGCCAUGAUCUACAGCGUGUUUUGGGAUGACUAA